UCUAGCUCAGUUUAGCUAUAUAUAUUAUUGUGCAUAUACUUGACUAUUAAUACGAAAAAAUGAAACGUUUUUUUCUUGCUGUAUCACUUCUGUCGAUGACAAUUAUGAGUUUCGGCAAAUUGCUUCUCAAAUACGAAUGGAAAUAUCUAGAUAUUCUCUGGGAUAAUCCGCGACAAAAAGAAGAAGCGCUAUACUUCGGCAAAUACGAUCCUAAUUUAGCUUAUUUAUAUGACAUAGAUAGAGCGAAUGAUGGUAGAGUAUUUAUUACUGCGAUGAGAGACAAAGGCAUACCAGUUGGUGUGCUGACCGUAACUGAAAAACAAGGAGAGGGUGGGCCACUUCUGCGUCCAUAUCCAGAUUGGUCUUGGUAUAAAGAUGAUUGUAAAGGUAUUACAGGCGGUGUUUAUCAAAUACAAAUUAAAUGCAAUCAUCUAUUCAUUGUGGAUGAAGGCAGAAUUGGGGACGAUCAAUUAUGCUUACCACAACUACUGAUUUUCGAUUUAUCAACUGAUAAAUUGGUCAAACGUGUUACAAUUCCGUUUGACAUUGCUCAUAAUAAAACUGGCAUCGGAUUGAUAGCUUCAAUUGCUGUUUUUGCCCCGAUUUGCCAAAAUGUGAAGGAUAAUGCAAAUGUAUUCAUAGGAGAUGUGGAAGGCGGCGGUAUAGUAGUAUAUAACGGGUAUACUUCAAAGUUAUGCAGAAUCGAUUCUGAUUUCAUGAAAUCAACUAAUGAAGAUAUCGUGGUAGCAAAUCACCGAUAUCCUAAUAGGGACACUAUCUACGGUAUGACAAUUAUUGGUGAAGGCAAGUAUUUUUUUUAUACAAAAGAGAAAAUUUCUAGAUAG